ACAACGGCAGUUAAGUUUAAGACGAGAAGCCAGAGAGAACGACCGCGAAACGAACGAACGACGCCACGGAAUAUAAAAUGCGUCAAAAACACCAACACCAACAACAACAACUGAAACAAAACAACGAAAUAAUAUAAAGCUAUAAAAUUUACGAAAUAUAAAAUUAUAGCCGGUAAAACAAGAGAGAGAGAGAGAGAAUGUAAAACGGAUGAUACCUGAAACCCAAAUCAAAAAGAUAAAAAUAAUACUCGAGGACCAAAUGAAAAAUCUAUAAAUUAUAAAGAAAUCAUCAUCAUUCCAAAGCAAAGUGCAAACCAAUGCGGACGGCACAAAAAUAAAGAAUGUGUGCAAUGUGAUGUUACCAACGAGAAAACAAAAAAUUAAAGAACAUUUGCAGAGAAGAAAAAAAAAGUUAACCAAACGAUAACGAUUCCGAUUUUUGCCCCGGAUAAAGUCAAUAAAAAACACAAAUUCAUUUUCUGAUAAGAGAACAAGAAUUUACUGAGAGGCGCCGCUAAGGAGGAUUCGCCAUGUUGUCGUCGGAUUAUAUGGUCUAUGUGAACAUGGCCUGGGAGUGGGCCGCCUGGUUGCCCUACUUACUGAUCACCUAUGUCUUCCUCACACUUUUGCCCAAAUCUCUAGUGCGUAUGAAGCAUUUUGCCAAUGCAGAUUACGAGGCGAAUCGCAAUAAAUUUCAUCGUUGCUAUGGGCCAGAGCUAUGCUGUCAUGUCCUGGCCCAGGAGUCAUCAGCUGCCACCAAGCAGGUUAAACAAAAGACGCGUAAACCGGUGACAAGGGUCUAUCCGAAGCGUCAACAACAGCAGCCUCAGUCCUCACUGGCGCAUCCAAGAGAGGAGUUGCCGCCAUUGCCUGUGCCCGUGAAACGGAGCAAUGUGACGAAAAUUGCACGCAUGUUUGAGACAGGGAACACCAGCAGCAGCGGCAAGCCGACAACUCGGGUCUCUCCCCUAACUCUGCCCGAGAUACGUAUGUUUGGGGCCAGCGAGGAAUCGAAUGAAUCCACACCAUGUGCCUCACGCAAAUCCAGCAUUGCCUCACAUCUGCGUCACAUUGAGCAGGCCAUGCUCCAGCUGGAGGAGGAACUCGAACUGCAACAUCAUCACCAUCAGCCGCAGACGCAACCGCAUCCAGUCGCAGAGAGUGUCAAGACAUCGCCCUCAUCGAUCAUGGCGACGCACAGCGAUUGGGAGCCAAUGGCUGUGCCAGUAUUGAGGCAUGGUUCUCGACGUGGCACUUCAGCCACACCCUCAACAGCCUCGCCCUUGUCCUCCAGCUCACCAGAGCCGCCGGCAUCGCCAGUGAUGUUGCGUCAGCCGACUGACUUUUGCCUCGAUCUCAGCAUGGAGAAUAUCUUUCAGGCCAUUGCACGCAGUGCCGAGGAAUCGGAUAGUCUAUCGCCAGUCACCUGCAUCGAUGACAUACUCUCCGAGCGUCGUUUCUCUCGUCCCUUGUCGGCCUAUUCCAUUACGGAUUUGCUAAACGAGGAGCUGGCCUCCUCGAGUUCAUCAAGCACGUGUCACCACUUGGAUGAGCCGACCUAUGUGAAUGUGAAUGAUGCGAGAUGAAUUGGCCAGGAAUUUUUAGAGAUAACUAGAUGAUUGUUUUUUUUUCUGUUUUUUUUUUUUUUUGUCUUUGUCGAUCAGCGUUUGUGUGAGUGUGCCAUCAUCAGAUGAAUGGGUCACCCCCUUCCCCAUUACACUGGUUGCUUUUGUUUUCGAAUGACUCACAAAUAUUCGUAUGGUCACAAUUUCUUUCUACAUACAUACAUACAUGCGAUAUAUACUCUCAUAAACAUUAUAUACAUACAUACAUACAUUACAUUACAUACAAAAUAAUUAUAUUCAUAAACAUUAAAUGUGUAGAAUUUAGUCAACGCCGUUGUUGCUUACCAAUUCUUUGCCCUAGUAUGCAUUUUGUUUGUUUAAUUGAUGAAAGCUUAAACAAAUUUAAAUCGAAACGAAAAACACUGAGAAAAUUCGUGAAAAAUUCAAUCCUAAAUUGUACUUAUUUUCCUGUUCUAUUUUCUUUUAAUAUUUUUUUUUUUACUUGUCAAAUUGUUUUUAAAAAAAACUGUGAAAGGAUAGAAAAUGAUGUCUCAAUGUUUUAAGAAUUGUAAAUUGUAAUUUAUCAAGAAUUUGUAUUUAGUAUUAUUUAUCCCUAUAAUCCUAUAUUCCUUAUAUGCCUAUAUAUAUAUAUAUGCUUAUCUAUAAAUAGAAACACAAUACAAAUAAAAGCGUUUACAACGAGACGUAUUCAUUAAUAAA